ACGUCACGUGCUUGACAAAACACUAGUGACCUUUUAGCAAGCUAGCUGCUAAAAGGAGUUCAUUUACUGACAGUUCCAUGCAAUGGACCAAACUAAACAACAAGAAGAGGAUUAUGGAUACAAUUUAUUCCCCGAUAGGAGCAAGGAGAAAUAUUCGAAGGGAUCUAUUGCUGAAACCCUGUUCACUUUCAACCACAAGUGUCAGGUCAUGCUUCAAUUCGCUUUGGAUACUAGUCCAUAUGCAAAACUUCUCCUUGGAGCUAUGAAAAGUUCAGGGUGCACAGUGUACAAGGACAGACACUUUUCCUGUGAAGACUGUGAUGGGACAGUUAGUGGAGGGUUUGAUGCAACAUCAUCACAGAUCGUUCUCUGUCAAAACAACAUUCACCAGCAGUCCCACAUGAACCGUGUGGUCGCACACGAGCUCAUCCAUGCCUUCGACCACUGUCGGGCUCACGUGGACUGGUUCAACAACUUCAAGCACUUGGCCUGCUCAGAGAUUCGUGCAGCUAAUCUUAGUGGCGAUUGUUCAUUCUACAAUGAAGUGUCUAGAUUCAACUUUGGCCUCAAACAGCACCAGCAGGAGUGUGUCCGAGGCCGCGCCUUGCGCUCCAUCCUGGCGGUGAGGAAGGUGAGCAAGGAGGAGGCAGAGAAGGUGGUAGACGAGGUCUUCGACACCUGCUACAAUGACCACGCCCCCUUCGGUAGGAUUCCACACAACAACAAGGAUGCUAAAUUUGCCGACAGAGAUUAUCAGAACAGAGAUCGAUACUAUGCCAACCUCUAAAUGUGUUUGUAUAUAUACACACACAACAUGAAUUGUAAUUGUAUUAUCAUUUUCUAAUGGUGCUUUUAUGCAGAGCCCAGAGAAACCUGGGCAGUCAGGUGUCCACUAUCUGUCCUGUGCAGAUAACUGCCAAUAACAGUAGCUUAUGAAACAUCUAAGGGAUAUAUAAUGAGUCUUUCCUCUUUGUUUUCAAAGACGGAUUUCAUAAAUUGAAGGAUUUGAGUCAUAGGUAAAUAAACAUAAGGAAAAGGUUUGAUUUUUGGGACAUGAUUCCCCACAUAGGUUUAUGUAAUUUUUAGGGGACCUUUUUUAAUACACAGUAUUGCUUGUUGAGUUCUCCUGGGACACCAACGGGAGUGUUUAUACAGAGUAAAGCCUGCAGAGCUUGCUUCAGCACAGAAGGGUUAAGAAACCUAACCCCUUCCACUGGAUGCAUCUCCAUCUCUGCUCUUAAACACGUGGACCUACACUGACGGACAACUGAGACUUUCAUGUAAAUAGUGUUGAUUGUACUGUGCUAUUCAGUUAUAGUCAACGUAUUAUUAUUAUUAUGCUGGAAUAAAAGUUCUUAUGAAGA